AUGACAAGGAGACGUGGUAAAGGGUUGGAUUUUUCUCAUCCUCGACGCCAACACCCGACUGCAUCUAUCAUGAUUCCGACAAAGCUGGUGGUUCUCCCUGACGAUCUCAUCUUCAAGAUACUUUCCUUACUUCCGGUUAUAUCUCUUGUUCGAUUCACUUGUGUUAGCAAGUCUUGGAAAACCCUAAUCUUUGAUCCCACCUUCGUCAAAUUACACCUCAAUAGAUCCUCUUCAACGCGAAAUCCGCCAUGCACGCUAAUAACGCGUAACAGUUACUACAAAAUCCAUACCAUCGCAUAUACCGCCAAAGGAUCUCCCAGUGUUACAUCCUACGAAAAACAUGUGCUUGCUGUCGUUCCUUGCUCCAUGCAACGUUUAAUUGAAAACCCGUCGUUCACUCUUUUCAUCAAUCGUUGCUACCUAUUCAAAGACGAGGAAUGCAAUGAAUGCACUCGUAUGCUUGGUACCUGCAAUGGACUCAUUCUUCAUUUGACAACUGCUGUUUUUACCCAUCCUCCAUAUCUAGAGUACUGGUUUCGUUUAUCGAACCCAGCCACCAGGACAACAUCUCCAAAAUUUGGCCAUUUUCCCAGUUUUCCACUUCAAAUUUGUUUUAGUUUCAAGUUCAGGUUUGGUUAUGACAAUUCAACCGGCACUUAUAAGGUGGUGGCGUAUUGUUGCAAUCCACUUGAAAAGAGAAGCAUUGUCAGAAUUCUAACUGUGGGUAACUUUUGGAGAGAUAUUGAAAGUUUCCCUGCUGUCCCUCUUCAUAUAGACUAUGAUCAUGAUCGUUAUUGUCAUAAUGGUGUGUAUUUCAGUGACACUCUUAACUGGUUAGCUAUUCACAAUCACAAUGGCAUUGACUACGAUUUUAAGAAUCUUAGAGUUGAGCAAUUUGUUAUUGUUUCGCUUGAGCUGGGAACGGAGACUUACAAUCAAUACCUGCUGCCUCUGGGUUUUGAUGAGGUGCCCCCUACACAACCAACGAUGAAGAAAUUUGGGGUUGAAGAGUCCUGGACUCAAUUUUUAAAAAUUAGUUGCCAAAAUCCUAGUGACAAAGGGUUUAUUGAGGAUGACGGAAUGCAUUAUUGUCGAGUGGUACUGUUGCUUCUUGCUGAGGAUGGUGAUACGUUGAUGCUUAAGAGCAAGGGAGAUAAAGAUGCAGUUCUAUAUUAUUGGAAAGAUAAUAGAAAAGAGCAAAUAAAAUUUACUGCAAGUAGAUUUAUUACCAACAAUAUAACUAGAGAAGAAGUAUGCGGGUUUUGGGCCAUGGAUUACACUGAAAGCUUAGUUUCAAUUUCUUGA